GGCAGUUCCUACUUGGCAACUUAUAAGCAACAUGUCAAGCACAAGCAUUUCUUUAUUGUGUGAAGCAAGUGAAGAUGAGCUGUUUACAUUUUAUAAAAAGUACUUCGAAAUCACGCACGUCAGAUAUUGGAAAGUAUUAGACUUGUUUCAAGCAUUGCUGGUUGAGUAUAAACCAAUCUCAUACGAUUGCACGUCGAUUUUUGUUCGUACUUUUAAGAAAUUUGCGUUAAAUUAUACUUCCAGCAAUGUCAAGCUACAGCAUAACAUGAAAAACUUGCUGAAUAAGUGCGAAAAUGUCAUUAACUCUAACUUGGCAAGAACACUCGUGAUGAAAGAACGUGUUGAGCAAUCAAGGCUUUUAUAUUGUACUCAUGUUGCUGACGAUGUAUUGAAGGACAAGACCAGUGCAAUAAAUCAAAAUAUAGUACAUCCAGCCACUUCUCCAUUACCCAAUCAAAUAUCAAGUUUAGAAGUGACCCCACAAUCAAGUACAGUAGCAGUAACAACAUCUACAACAUCAAAUAUAUCAUCAACACCAAAGAGAGUCAACAACAAUAAUCCACCACCUUCAUCUCAAAACAAAAGAAGAAAGCGUUUAAGUGCAAGCUUUGUCAAAGGGUUAAGCUUAGGUGAAAAGUUACAAUGUUUAGCUGAUUCUUAUGGUAAUGAUAAUACGUUGGACCUCGUAUCCCCCGGUACUAUUCCUGCUCGCUUUAAAAGUAUUAUUAAGCGGAUUUCUGUUGAUUUACAAAUACCACUAUCGCUUAAGUACACUAGAAGCGAAAGGGCAAUACUCGUCAAGGUCAUCAAAGCUACAUCGUUACAUGAUGUAGAAGUUAUUGUCAAGGAUAUCCCACUGGUUCCUCGUGUUGGACUGCAAUCAUAUAUUUACAUUGCAUUAUCAAAACUGCUAUUACUUUAUCAAUGUAAUCAACUGCGUGACAACACCCACAAGGAAGGCUGGUACCAAGGGCAUUUAUAUGCUGAUGUUUUCGAUGCUGUUUUCCUUUUUGAUCCCUUUUAUGUUACAAAGAGGACUGAAUGCCAUGCGACAACAAUAAAAUACCUUAAAAAGAUCAAACAGAUUGCUAAAGAUGAAAAGGAUAUCAAAGUAGAUCUGAUAUUAUUUAAUGAACAACUAGGUGAUAUCUUUUCGUGUGAGGACAAACCUGCGGAUGCUACAGAAGCAGAUGUGGAGAUCGAUUUAAAAAAAGCUAAGGACCUUCGGGAGAAGCGUUUGGUGUACAUUAAGUCUAUUCUUCCCCACCCAUCGCUAAUAAAUACCGUUGAGGUCAUGAGUGCACAAUUCCAUGGUUUAACUCUUACCAUAUAUGGCUCAAGAAUGACCGAAUCAGGCAUUAUUGUACAUUAUAAAAAAGGCGUAGCAAGUCUUCCUGCUGUAUUUAGUAUGCCAGAAGUAGCCCACUUUCUUCUCACAGUUAUGUCUUUGCAACGAGCUAUUGUAUUGGAUUUAAGGAAGCUUACAGCAAUAUACCAAGUAGGCCUUGAAGACUCUAUCAGCUUCUUAGCAUCUAACAAUAGCGACAUAUUUUAUCGGGCUGACUCACCUAUUUCAGAUGGUACUUCGGACACCUCCGCUGAUAGCGAUAUGAUGGAAACAGAAAGACUACAUAGAAUAUUGAAGCUAGCCGUUGACAAGGUUAGUGCAAUUGAACUUGAUGACGAUCUUUUAAGCUGUGAAGACUGGGAAGAUCUCCUAGUGAUUGAUAAAAAUGAUGGUUAAAAUUGUUUGUCGACUCCUUUUCCUCUGUUUUCUUUGCUUUAAUUAUUAAAGUAUAUGUCUCUGUUAUAUGAAUAAAUUAUUUAAUAUCAAGGAGUAAUUGAAUCAUGCAAAACAA